AUGCCGCUAACUAAGGAUGAGCUGAUAGACGAAAUCAAGGGACUGUCGGUGUUGGAACUGGCAGACUUGGUCAAGGCCCUCGAAGACGAAUUCGGUGUCAGCGCGGCGGCCCCGAUCCAAAUGGCCACCGUUGCAGGUGUUGCCGGAACCGCGGAAGCCGCAGCCGAAGUCGAAGAGCAGACCGAGUUCAACGUCACCCUCAAAGAGAUUGGGCCCAAUAAGAUUCAGGUCAUCAAGGCCGUCCGCGAAGUUACGACGCUCGGACUCACUCAAAGAGGCGAAGGACCUGGUAGAGGGCGCGCCCACCGCGAUCAGGGAAGCCAUUCCAAGAGACGAAGCCGAUUCCCUCAAGGAGAAGCUCGAGGGCGCAGGAGCCGUCGAAGUCGCAGCUACCUAUCGACCUAG